CGUCACUUGUUUGUCUCGAGCCGCCGCGGCCGCAGCGAUCGUCACUUGUUUGUCUCGAGCCGCCGCGACCGCUGCGCGCCGAGGUCACAGAACGUUCGCGUGCGCCGCAGUAUCGUUCGAGCCGCCGGUACGUACGCUACGAGGCGACGUGCGCGAUCAUUCUCCGCGUAAUUAAUCGACGCCACGGCCACGCGAGCGUGCACUCCGCGAUACGGCGCAGGCGGAACGUCGAAUCGCCGUCUACCGCUCGCUGUUUCUCCGAUGUGACUCGAGUAGAGGAAAGCCGCGAGUGCGUCGAUUGUGCAUCAACAGACGUGUGAGAAUUUAAGUGUGCGUUUACUUGAGAUACAUUGCGCGAGUGACAUCCAGAUAUUCAGUUCGCGUCGCUGACUCGACUCACGUAGUAUCGCGCAGUAGCGCCAGGGGGGGCCAGGGGCGCCGGGUGCCGGCGCCAUGUUGGUCUGUUCGAGAAGCAUCGCGGAGCGUCGCGGACGCGCAUCGGACCGGUCCCCCCCCUUCUUCCUUCGUCGUCGGUCGUCGCGGCGUUUUUCACGACGCGUACGGUGGUGAGUCUGAUGCAGAUCAAGUUCAGCUAAUCGCGGCGUAAAUCAUUGGAUAUUCACGCGUCGGCGAUCCACCGAGACGCGCGUAAGUCUCGCGAGAAACACCGGUCGGAAUCUUGCUCGCAGCCGGAUUCUCGCGACGCCGCCGCGGGUAUCCGAGCUUCAAUUUUAACUCGCGUCUCCCCGUACGUGUAGAAAUAUCCUAGUUUUCCACGCGCGACGCGCGGCGAGUGGAAUGUUCGCGCGAGAUCGCCCCGUUGAACGCUCGCGUUCGGUCGCGAGACGCGUCGAACCUCGCAUAUUUCCGCGUCCUUCUCGCCGGAACGUUCCCGCCGUUUCACACGACGCCACUCCUGGGCGGCUCGUGUUUCCGUACACGAUCGUCUCUUUUUCUCGUUCGCGUUGUGACGGAGCUCGCGUCGGUUAACGCCGGGAGUGCCGCGUUGUGCCGAUUGCCAGUGCCAAAUCUGCGAGGAAUCCGAGAGGAAGCGGCGGCCUGGGAGGCAUCGGGCAACGGCGGAGCAACCCUCUGAAUCAUCAACGUAGCUAACUCCGCUGCUGCCCGUCGGUCGAUCUUUCCGAAAAAGCAGGAUGAGCGAGGGCGGUGCCGGCGAGGGGAGCGAGAAAACGGAUCCGGGCGCUAUCAGACACGGGAACUUCAUGAAUUAUUACCAAUUCCACGCUGCGGAAGAGCGCGUGCGGCAACUUCCGCGUGGCGUGUGGCAGCGGCAACGGGUCGCCCAUCCGGUCCGGAAAUACGCGGGUCUAGACGUCGGCUGUAACGCCGGGGAUCUCACGUACGCUCUGCGCGACUUCCUCGAGGAGGCCGUGUCGCAAGAUCAGCCCGAAGUCUCCUUAAUCGGCGUAGAUCUCGACCCGAUCCUGAUCGAGAAAGCGCGCGAGCGCAAUCCGCGGCCGGAUCGCGUGACCUUCGAGUGUCUGGACUUUUUGUCCGAGGACUGCGGCGAGACGCUGAGGCGAUAUCUGGCGCAGCUUAAUAAAACGCGAUUCGACGUGGUGUUCUGCUUCUCGAUCACCAUGUGGAUUCACCUGAAUCACGGCGACGACGGUCUGGAGGCGUUUCUGCGAAGGGCCUGCGAGCUGGCGGAAAUGAUCGUCGUCGAGCCGCAGCCUUGGAGAUGCUACAGAAACGCCUCGAGAAGACUGCGAAGGGCGAACCUGGGGGACUUUCCGCUGUUGAGGGAGCUCAAGUACACCGAUCCGAUGAGGCACAUUGAGGAUAUUUUGAGGAGGCUGUGCGACUUUCGAAAAGUCACCGUUACCGCGACCAACGAGUGGGGACGCAUGCUCCUGAUUUACGAACGGAAACGGGAGUCGUAAAAGAUCAGCAAACACGCGCGAUUAUGUGCAUUCAGAUCAUAAAUGGUAGCAACUGCAUGCGCAUAAUUUUCUAAAUAUUGUUUAUACAUCGUAACCGCGAGUGUGUGACGUAGCGGUAAUAAUUUUGCUCAUCCUGGCAUAGAUAACGACAGGAAAUUUAUAAUAAAGCUUUUCAAAUGCCAGUGCAUGGAUUUUUUACGUGCGCCACAUUUUAGCUGAUCGCAUCCUUCCUGGCGUUCUUUGUUGGAGCAAUUAAAUUUUCAUAAAUUCGAAUUUGUAUGCAAACUGAAAAUGUUUAACUUGUAAUAAGUUUGACUAAUAAUAACCCUUCUGCGU